GACUGUCAGAACAGGAAGACGCCUUUAUUGCUAAAGACGUACUCGCUUCCCCUCUGUCAACCAGGGGUUAAAAAGUUUCUAAGUUCUAACAGCCAUGGAAACAAAUUUGGGACACACCGUCGACCUAGGUCAUUGAUAACACCAACUUACCGCUCGCGCUGUGGUCGUCGAAACAACUCGUGGAAGCGGAAAGUUUUUUUUGUUUUGUGUUUUCCUUUACCUAACCUAACCUUACUGUUACAAGCUAGCCUAGCUGAAGCUAAGGUUAGCUCAGAUAGUACCGUAUACAUUCAGGACCUAAAAUCCACAUUCCUGAAAACUUCGACCUGUGUUGCAUGUGGAAAAUAAUAGAGUGGCGUCCUCACUUUAUAUUUUAUUAACGCAACAGGUUGUUUUCGUACUUUUCGUCUCGAGGAGUUGUGUUGGGCUGUGCUUUGAAUUUCCCUCCUUCAGUGAUACCGAGAGGCGGCUUAACCAGGGGCUCGUUUUGUCUGUUGGCUUUCUACCAAAUUAUUAGCAGCACUGCGCUAAUUGUAGCUAGUUAGCCUGCGGACCAGCCUAGGCCCCUGGGAAUAAGGAGUUGGCAUUUUCCAUUGGCGUUUAAAAUCUAAAAAAAGGGAUUACUGUUCCACGUGUUUAUUUUGACAUCCAAUUCAAGGAAACGGAUUAAAAGGUAGAAAUAUGGAUCAACAGACGGGGAGUUCUGCCUCAGCUGCUGGUCCCAAGAAGGACAAGAAAUCAAAGAAGAGCUACGAUGAUGGAGAUGGAAAAAAGAAAUUUACACUCAAACGGCUGAUUCCUGAUGAGUUGGAGCGUUUCACCAGCAUGAGGAAAAAGGACAAGGAGAAGCCUGGACCACCGCCAGGUCACCGACACUCUUCAGCUGCCAGCUAUGAGAUCAGUGCUCAGAGUGGCAUGAUGAAUGAUCAUUCUGAUGAAUAUGUCCUGGAACUGUUUGAACAGAUGCUGGUGGAUAUGAACCUAAAUGAGGAAAAGCAGCAGCCUCUGAGACAGAAAGACAUUUUGAUCAAACGAGAGAUGGUCUCCCAGUACCUCCACACAUCUAAAGCUGGUCAGAGCCAGAAGGAGAGUUCCAAGUCAGCCAUGAUGUACAUCCAGGAGUUAAAAGCAGACUAUCGAGAGUCACAGUUGCUGAGCUGUCUUGAAUCUCUAAGAGUUUCACUCAAUAACAACCCUGUUAGUUGGGUACAGAACUUUGGAGAUGAAGGGUUGGCUCUGCUUCUGAAUCUGCUGAGAAAACUCCAGGAAGAGGAAUACACGCCAAUUGGAACGAAAUGCCAACAUGAAAUCAUUCGCUGUCUUAAAGCCUUUAUGAACAACAAGCAUGGUCUGAAAUCCAUGUUGGAGUCACCUGAGGGAAUUCCUCUGCUAACCAGAGCCAUCAACCCAAAGGUGCCUCAUAUGAUGGUGGAUGCUGUCAAGCUUCUUUCUGCCAUCUCCAUUUUGGAGCAUCCUGAAAACCUUCACGAGCGUGUUUUAGAGGCCAUUACAGAGGAGGCAGAGAAACAGGACAUUGAAAGGUUUCAGCCACUUCUUACUGGAAUGAGGAGCACCAGCAUUGCACUUAAGGGUGGCUGCAUGCAGUUAAUCAACGCCUUGAUCAGCCGUGCAGAAGAACUGGACUUCAGAAUCCAUAUUCGCUCUGAACUGCUAAGACUGGGUCUUAGAGAUCAGCUGAAGGAGGUGCGAAAGAUAGAAAAUGAAGAGCUGAGGGUGCAACUCACAGUGUUUGAUGAGCAGGCUGAAGAUGAUUCUGAGGACCUCAAAGCACGUCUGGAUGACAUCCGAAUGGAAAUGGAUGAUGUGAGGGAUAUAUUUGAAAUCUUGGUCAACACUGUGAAGGACUCCAAGGCCGAGGGCCACUUCCUGUCCCUGAUGCAGCAUCUACUACUGAUCCGUAAUGAUUACUUGGCCAGGCCUCAAUACUACAAGUUGAUAGAUGAGUGUAUUUCUCAGAUCGUACUGCACAGGAAUGGAACAGACCCUGACUUCAAGUGUCGUAACCUCAGCUUCAACAUCGAAGGCUUGAUAGACAAUAUGGUGGACAAGACCAAGGUGGAAACCAGCGAAGCAAAAGCCUCUGAACUGGAAAAGAAGCUGGAUGCAGAAUUGACGGCACGCCACGAGUUGCAGGUGGAGCUGAAGAAAUUGGAGAGCGACUAUGAACAGAAGUUGCAGGACCUGAGCCAAGAGAAGGAACAGCUUGCCACAUCUAAGCAGGAGCGAGAAAAGGAAAACCAGGGACUACAGGAACAGCUAGGCAACUUGAAAACACAGAUUGAAAAGCUGUCGAAGGACUUGGAAGAGGCAAAAACUAAGGUGGUCACUGUUACCGUUCCUGUGCCAACACCUGUAUUUCCCCCUCCGCCACCUCCCCCUCCGCUGCCAGGCCAAAAUGCAGGUAUGCCUCCACCUCCACCUCCACCACCUCUACCAGGGCAUGCAAACUUAACUGUUCCCCAAGCCCCGCAGGCUCCUCCUUUACCGGGUCAUGCUGGUAUUCCACCUCCUCCACCUCCACCCCCUUUACCUGGCAUGCCAGGACCCCCACCGCCUCCACCUCUCCCUGGCAUGCCAGGACCCCCACCACCUCCACCUCUCCCUGGCAUGCCAGGACCACCACCGCCUCCACCAUUACCUGGGAUGGGACCACCACCCCCACCACCUGGAGGUCCUGGUAUUCCUCCUCCACUCCCAUGUCCAGGGAUGGCUUCACCAUUUGGCAUGGGGGGCUGGGGUGCCCCUGCACCACCAGCACUGCCAUUUGGGCUCAAGCCUAAGAAGGAGUACAAGCCUGAGGUUCAGUUGAAGAGAGCCAACUGGAGUAAGAUCGGACCUGAGGACCUCUCAGAAAAUAGCUUCUGGAUCAAGGCGAAAGAAGACCAAUUUGAAAAUAACGAACUCUUUGCCAAACUUACCUUAACGUUUUCUUCGCAGACAAAAACCACUAAAGCUAAAAAGGAGCAGGAUGGUGGGGAUGAAAAGAAACAGGCGCAGAAGAAGAAGGUGAAAGAGCUGAAGGUUCUUGACACAAAGUCUUCACAGAAUCUCUCUAUUUUCCUGGGAUCGUUCCGUAUCCCUUAUGAGGAGAUCAAGAAUGCCAUCCUGCAGGUUAAUGAGAAGGUCCUCACAGAGUCCAUGGUUCAGAACCUGAUCAAGCAACUGCCAGGACCAGACCAGCUGGGUGUCCUGGCAGAAAUGAAGGAUGAAUACGAUGACUUGGCUGAGUCUGAACAGUUUGGAGUAGUGAUGUCCGGUGUGAAGCGGUUGAUGCCACGGCUUCAGGCCAUCUUGUUCAAGCUGCAGUUUGAGGAACAGCUGAACAACAUCAAGCCAGAUGUGGUGUCUGUGACAGCAGCUUGCGAAGAGCUUAGGAAAAGUGAGACAUUCGCCAGGUUGCUGCAGAUCAUCCUCCUUGUUGGGAAUUAUAUGAAUUCUGGCUCUCGCAAUGGAGCAGCAUUCGGCUUCUCCAUAUCAUACCUGUGCAAGCUUCGUGACACCAAAUCAGCUGAUCUGAAACAGACACUGCUCCAUUUCCUUGCUGACGUGUGCCAGGAGCAGUAUCCUGAUGUCAUGAGCUUUACAGAUGAGCUCAUUCAUGUCGAAAAGGCCAGCAGAGUUUCUGCAGAGACAAUUCAGAAGAACCUAGAAAUGAUGGGCCGUCAGAUCAAGAGCCUGGAGAAAGAUCUGGAAACCUUUCCUCCUCCACAAAAUGAUAAGGACCUGUUCGCGGAGAAGAUGUCGAGCUUUGUGAGCCAUGCCCAAGAACAGUAUGAGAAACUGGAUCUGAUGCACAAGAAUAUGGAAAAGCAAUACAGUGAUCUGGGAGACUAUUUUGUCUUUGACCCGAAAAAGAUCUCUGUCGAGGAAUUAUUUGGGGAUCUCAACAACUUCAAAAACAUGUUCCAGCAAGCAGUGAAGGAGAAUCAGAAAAGGAAGGAGGCUGAAGAGAAGAUCAAGAGGGCCAAGCUGGCAAGAGAGAAAGCAGAAAAGGAAAAAGAGGAGAAACUUAAGAAGAACCAGUUCCCUGACAUCAACGCAGAGGGUGAUGAAACUGGUAUCAUGGAUGGCCUGUUGGAGGCGCUGCAGUCCGGUGCUGCUUUCAGGAGAAAGAGAGGACCACGUCAAGCAGCCAACCACCGACGAGCUGGAAAUGCGGUGACCAACAUUCUGGCCAAAGAGCUGAUGCAGGAAGAUAAGCCUUCAUCGAGUAAACCUUCUGCAAAAAAGUUAAAGUCAGAUGAUAAAGUGGAGCCAAAACUAGAAGGAGCAGAGUCAUUAGAGGACUUGCUUGAGGCUGCGGCUUCUCGGUCUAGUUAGGUACCCAGGUAGAAGUUUGUUUUUGUUUUCUUUAUGUUUAGUUUUGAUUUUUUUUUUUUUUUUUUUUUUUUUUUAAACACAUACAGCCAGUCUAUCUAAAGUCAGAUUUAUCUUUCUUAGGCAUUCCAGGGGCCAAUAAUCAUCUGCUAUUAGUUUACUGAAUAAAGAUCUGCUUUCUUUUCCACAAAUGUCUUAAAAGGACCGUCUUUUAGAAUAGCAUUGUCUUUUGAGACGACAGAGAGAUGCAGAACUUAAGGGCGCUGCUCUCACCUCAGUUUCAACCUCCGCAUGGUCAUCACCAGCCUUGAGAACUCUGACACUGUCAUAAAGAUUGAAUUGCUUUUUCCAUCACAUGCACAUAAGGUGUUCAUGUUUAUUUUUUUUCUGUUUAUUUCUACAUCACUCGGUUCACCUGUCACUCAAAGGGCAUCUUUAGCCAUUCCAAAGACUUACUCAGGAGGAUCCACUUUGUUUCUUUUAUCUUUUUUCCCCUUCCUUUUUUGGUUAUUCCCAGAUUUAGACUGAGAAUGUGUGGAUUUUGGCACAUCCUGCAUCAUCUUGUCAGGAUGUUCCAGCCAAGACCACUUUGCGCUGUUUCUGUUUUUUGUUGAUGUUUUCUGUUUUUAAAGAGAUGAAACAAUUUUCUUUGUAAUUAUUUGAUAUUCCAUAUGUUACUGCUUGUAAUCAUUUUACUGUAUUAUUCAAAGUGCCAACUGAUAGAAAUCCAGUCUUAUCAUUUCACUUCUGGGUUUAAUCCGGUCACAGUUUGCACUGGUCCUGUCUGACACCUCAUCAACAGCAGUUAUCACCUGGGUUUAUAUUUCAGCAUGUUCUUUAGCGAGAAAGGGCAUAGCGCACGGGUGUCCAUGUGAUUAAAGGGAGAGAUUAAUUAUAUAAACUUGUCUGUUACCAUAUGUGCCCAUAUCAUUUAUAUGAAACAUGAACAUGAUUAUUCACACAAAAUCUAAAGGCGAGAUAAUCGAGAGCAAAAUUGUUCUUCCACAGAGUCCAACCAAAACAAAUAUUGCUUUUUCAGAGGGUGUUUCCAUACACACCCAGCCUGAGCAGUUUACAUGCCUGUGUGUUUGUAUAUGAAAAAGUCUGUGUGAAGUCGCUGCCUAUAUUUAGUCAGCUUCCUACAUGUGUGUGUUUGUGCUUGUAGGUUUGUGUGUACUGCCAUCCAUAAUUACUGUACGGUACCGACCAUGCUGUCAUAAAUGCUAGGUUUCAUGAGCAGCGUUUUGGUCUUUCUGCUGAAGAUAAAGCGCACUGGAAAACUGCCCAAAAACUGCUGAGAAGUAAGUGUGUGUGUGUGUGUGUGUGUGUGUGUGUGUGUGUGUGUGUGUGUGUGUGUGUGUGUGUGUGUGUGUGUGUGUGUGUGUGUGUGUGUGUGUGUGUGUGUGUGUGUGUGUGUGUGUGUGUGUGUGUGUGUGUGUGUGUGUGUUUCUCCCUCCCACUGAACUGCAGCAGUAGUUUUUGAAUGUCUGGCCCCGUUUCUAUUUGUAUUCAGCCAUCAGCAUACAUGUUGCCAUGAUGUUGUGGUGUACUAUUUGACAGGAAUCUGGUGAGACGAUGUAAGCUGCUCCAUGCAAUAUUUAUUACUAUGCAAGCACAUUAUUGUAGCACGCUCCCCAGACUUGAUACCUAGCCAGUCUCAGGAUGUACAAACCGCUGGCACACCUCGCACGCUCUUGAAUAAACCUGCUGGUUCAAGGUCAGUGCUUCAUGGCAGUGAUGACUGAGAAAAAUCCUUUUUGCUCCAAAACUUCAGCAUUUCAUGACAUCACUAGCAUUGUUAAUUCCAUCUUCCUAUAAGAAAGUGCUGUCUUUGGACUAAAUGGUAAUUAAACACAAUAAAAAGAAAUAAGAUGAAGCACUGGAGCACCUCCACUGAUGGUGCUUCAUUUUUAAUCAAGUAACACUGAGAAUAACAAAUAGUUUGUUGCGCCUCAUCUCAAGCACAAAUAUGUCGUAGUUGUAUUUAAGUGGUCGACACGGUUGCCGUUUUAUGUCUGCAAUAUUCUGCCCAUGACUUCAAGUGCAUACCUGUAGGUUGAUUGUGUGUAAUGCACCCUGAAAAACGAAUGUUUUUGAAGUGAGGAGCAAGGGAAAACUAGGAGGUAAACGAUGUCACUGGAAUAUUUUUGCAAAUUUGAGUUCUUCCUUUUCUCAACAACUUUUUUUUUUCUUUUUUUUAAGAUGUUGUUUUCUAUAUGAAUUUUAAACGAUUGAUUAUUUUAAUGUAAUUUUUUUUUCCAGAGAUUUCUGUAUGGAUAUAUAACAAUGCACCCAGUUGUCCUGUUUGUUACGCUGAACUAUUAUUAAAAAUGUCUUAAGUAAUUUA